GUGGACGGCGGAUACGCUCCGAACUCCUCUUUAUAACAAAACAGACAGCAGAGAAAAGAACAAGAAGAAGACGAAGAAGAGAAGAGAAGAGAAGGAUGUCUUGCUGCGGAGGCAACUGCGGCUGCGGAUCGGGAUGCAACUGCGGCAGCGGAUGCGGAGGGUGCAAAAUGUAUCCUGGAUUGAGUGAGGAGAAGAGUACUACCGUGACCAUGGAUCUUGCUCCUGCUCAUGCAAAGGGGGCGUUUGAGGAAGGCGUGAGUGCAGGAUCCGAGAACGGAGGGUGCAAGUGCGGAUCCAACUGCACCUGCGACCCCUGCAACUGCAAGUGAAAGUAGAGCCAUGGCCUUGGAGAGGAGGGAGAGAGUUUAGCAGUUUGGGUGCCUGUUGACUGUUGUGUUUGUCCAAAUGCAGAAGAAGAAGAAGUGAAGAAAUAAUAGUAGUCUUCUUGAUCUUCUUGUAGUACAAGUAAAAUAAGAGUUGGGUUUCUCUGUGAAUUCCUCCUUCUCCAUUGAUGGCUAGUUGUUGCGUGUCGCAGUGUUUGGCUGUGUACUAAUUGUGUUGCGUUUGAAUGAAGUGCUAUGCUUCCAUUA